GAGUACGAGAUGCAGCGCAGCUGGAGGGACGACGCAGACAAGUGCACCUUCAUCGUGCUGGACGCGGCGCGGUGGGCCGGGCGGGCGCGUGCCGAGGAGGACUGCAUGGUGGGGGACGUGAACCUCUUCCUCACUGACGCCGAGGAUCCCACCCUGGGCGAGAUUGAAAUCAUGAUCGCAGAGCCUGGCUACCGAGGCAGAGGGUUUGGCAAGGAGGCAACUCUGAUGAUGCUGUCCUAUGGAGUGAGAAACCUGGGGCUCACCAAAUUUGUUGCAAAGAUCGGUCAGGAAAAUGAAGCCAGUAUCUGCAUGUUCAAAAAGCUCCAUUUUAAGGAGGUCUCUGUGAACAGCGUUUUCCAAGAGGUGACGCUGAGCCUGGAAAUUAGUGACCAGGAGAGACAGUGGCUCCUGGAACAGACAAACCACGUGGAGGAGAAGAGCUACAUCGAACAGAAGCUGCCACCUGAGGCGCUGGAGACCUGA